ACAGAGAAACUGAGCAUUGUCUCUUCCUUCGUUGUUCUCGUCUUCAUUGCUCGACCUCCUCCACUGCAAGUGUCAACACUCACACACACACACUCUCUCUCAGACUUCUUCCCCAACUUCUCUUUCUCUCUCUCCCACCAAGUGACACAGUGGGUGGGCUUAUACCCCUGCCAAUUGCAUAUACAUACAGGACCCCAACGGUUCUUUGCCUUUUAUCUGCUUCACCUCGUGACCCUCUGCCCUGUCUCAUUUCUCUCUCUCUCUCAUACUCUCUUACUGAAUUUAACACCACUCACCUUUCUUACACUUCAAUCCCUUGUUAUUGGCCAGCUUUCCCUUAUUCACACCAACAGUACUUCCUUUUCCUCAUCCGACACCGAAUUCGGCUCAUCUUUUCGGGUUUUGGAAUCGAUCAAUCAAUGAAUGCCCUGUUUCUACACUCCUGCUUUUCCUACCCUAGCGCAACCUUUUUCGCACACUUCCAACUAUAUUAGCAGUUCUCAGAUUUUUAUUUUAUUUUUCCUCUCCUCUGUUAUCACUAUUUCUUCCACUCUAAUAUUCCCAAAACCUCUUGGCCUUUUCUUCAUUUCCUUUUUAUUUUAAAUAAGGCAGGGGAUUUUGUUGCUUGUACUUUUUGGGUUUAGGGUUUUGCGCCCCCUCUGAAAAAAACACACAAGCCUAUGUUCCACUCCACGCCUCUUCAAUUCUGAAUAUCAUUGCAUAAAUUGUGCCACACACAUACAAACAAUGUCUUCGUGUUUGACCGGAGCUGGAGGAAGAACCUACGGAUUCGAUUUCGAAUUUGUUAAAUCUCCGUCUUCCUCGACCAGAACCUCACACACCUCUUCUUCGCCUUCUUCAACAAUCUCCGAAUCGAGCAAUUCGGCUGCGCUCGCAAUCUCCACCAAGAAACCCAGAACGCCGAGAAAGCGACCGAACCAAACCUACAAUGAAGCAGCGGCACUUCUAUCCACGGCCUACCCGAACCUCUUCUCUACAAAGAACCUCAAAACGCAGGGGAAAUUCGCAAAGCCCGCAUCGGAGAAUUUCGAUUUUGACUCUUCGGAGCUGUUUUUGCCGUUCAGGGUUUUGGACGGAUCGUCUUCGUGUUUCCUUCUGGACCAACCGGGCCCCAAGCCCGUGGAGAGGCCCAAAGUGGUGAGCGUGCAGGAGAAGGCGUGUGGGAGCCCCGGGGAGAUAAGCUCCGUAGUGAAUUUCAAUUACCUGGAAUUGAACGACGAUUGCGAAGAGAGCCUCGACGCGGAAUCGAUUCUCGACGAGGAAAUUGAAGAAGGAAUCGACAGCAUCAUGGGGAGCAGGGUCCAAGAAAUCUCCAACGACGCCGUCAAUAACUUUCCCUGGAUAAUGCCUUUUGGCGGGAAAUCGGACUUCCCCAGACCCCGUGUCAGCGCUCUCCGACACGUCGACAACGGAAACUGGUGGAAUUUUCCGGCCGUCGAUAUUCAUCAGAUAUCUCCCAAAAUUAACACCAAGCCUCCUCCGGUGACCGCCGAGAAGAAGAUGAAGAAGAAGAAGGUGACGGCGAUUGCGGCGGCCGAGAAACCGGCCGUGGUGGAGUUGAAGAACGCGGAAUUGCCCAAACCGAAACAAGGUUUGAUGUUGAAAUUGAAUUACGACGACGUUCGGGGCGCUUGGUCCGACCGUGGGACCCCGUUCGCGGACGAUAGCCCCCUGGCCGACUUGCCGGAAACUGACGUCACUGCGCGGCUGUCGCAAAUUGAUUUGUGGUGGGACAAUGGCGGAGUGAGAGAAGCUAGCGUGCAGCGCUACAAAGAGAAGCGGCGAACGCGACUGUUCUCGAAGAAGAUCAGAUACCAGGUGAGGAAGGUCAACGCAGAUCGACGGCCCAGAAUGAAGGGGCGAUUUGUUAGGAGGCUCAAUUCUAGCUCAAAUGCACACAGAUGAUUUUGUAUGUAGUAGCACGUAGCAGUAAAGAACAAGCUUUUUGGGACCCUUUGUUUAAAAUCAAUAAAAAAAAGUAAAAAAAAAAAAAGAAAGAAAGAAAAGGAAAGAGAGUUUAUCUAUAUUUUUGUAACCUUUACUCUUUUAAUCCCUUUAGUCCUUUUACUUUUGGGGUUCUUCAUAGUUCCUGCAUUGAUGCUGUAUGAAAUAAGUAACGAAGUAGUCGAAACAAAUUGCCUAAGAUUCUAUUACACAUAAAAUUCUCUUGGCGUUUCAUAUCCCAUCCCUUUGUGGUCAAGAGUGGUUUCCGUUUAGGUAAAGCUAACAAAUUUAAAAAGAAGAAA